UUGAAGGUUCAAUUCAAAGCAACAAGCUUCAAUUUCUACCGGUCCAAAACCAAAACGAUGCAAGCAGUUAAGGAUAAGCUACAUGACAUAAGCGUCAUGCGCAAGGCCAAGGCUGAGGCAAAGGCCGAAGAGAAGGCAGAGAAGGAGCUAGCAAAGGCAAGAGUGGAAGUGGCUCAUGAGGUAAGAUUGGCCAGAGAGGCUGAAGCUGCAAUGGAUCUUCAUGUAGCCAAAGCUGGAAUGAAGGCUGAGAAAGAAAUGACUAAGUAUGCCAAUACUCACACCCAUACAUUUGUGGCUCCCGGCGGCACCGCUGCUCUCGAUUGCACCGCCGACAUGGCCGUCGCUCCUGGCGUGACUAUUGUCAACGCCCCCGGCACCGUCAACAUGGCCGGAGCUCCUCCCGUUAAUAAGAAGUUACUGUAAAAUUCUUGUGUAACGCCAUAACAAAAAUGAUAUCUUUCAUUUGCAAAGGUACUUUAAUUUGUUUUCUACAAGUUCUAUUCUACCACAUCUUUAGAUGUUGUGUAGUAUAUAUAUAAUUUAUAUACAAUAGAAUGUAAGAUUCUAUUUGGUUUCAU